GGACGUCGGUCGGGGUUCUUAGAAGGGGAGAUGACUUUUCACCAUCAUUGGGGCUCGUGCAGGAAGCCUGGGGGAGCAGGAGACGGAAACGCACCCACAUCAAGGGCGGCAGGGCGGGGCGGCGGGGUACAGGGGCGGGUGGGGAAGGGGCUGCAGGGUAUGAGCCCGAGACCUGCCCUCCUGUCACUUCCAAGAACCUGCCACAGGCAUGAGGGGUCCCCGGUCGAGAUGACAGUGCUGGCGCCAGCCUGGAGCCCAAAUUCCUCCCUGUUGCUGCUGUUGCUGCUGCUGAGUCCUUGUCUGCGGGGGACACCUGACUGUUACUUCAGCCACAGUCCCAUCUCCUCCAACUUCCACAUGAAGAUUAGAGAGUUGACUGACUACCUGCUUAAAGAUUACCCAGUCACUGUGGCCAUCAAUCUUCAGGACGAGCAGCACUGCAAGGCCUUGUGGAGCCUCUUCCUGGCCCAGCGCUGGAUAGAGCAACUGAAGACUGUGGCAGGGUCUCAAAUGCAGAGGCUUCUGGAGGAAGUCAAUACCGAGAUACAUUUUGUCACCUCGUGUACCUUCCAGCCCCUACCAGAAUGUCUUCGAUUCGUCCAGACCAACAUCUCCCACCUCCUGCAGGACACCUGCACACAGCUGUUUGCUCUGAAGCCCUGUAUCGGGAAGGCCUGCCAGAAUUUCUCUCGGUGCCUGGAGGUGCAGUGCCAGCCGGACUCCUCCACCCUGCUGCCCCCAAGGAGUCCUGUAGCCCUAGAAGCCACAGAGCUCCCAGAGCCUCAGUCCAGGCGGCUGUUGCUCCUGCUGCUGCUGCCGCUUCUCAUGCUGGUGCUGCUGGCAGCUGCCUGGGGCCUUCGCUGGCAAAGGGCAAGAAGGAGGGUGGAGCUCCGCCCUGGGGUGCCCCUCCCCUCCCAUCCCUAGGAUGCGAGCCUUGUGCAUCGUUGACUCAGCCAGGGUCUUAUCUCGAUGAGGUCUCAAUAUAUUGCCCAAACUGACUUUGAACACCUCGAUGAACCUUGCUGCCCCAACCUUCCAAAUAGCUGGGCUUACAGGCAUGCUACAUACAACACGGCUUCUCUUUUCUUUUCUUCUUUCUUGGUGCUAGAGUUGGGAACCAAAGCAAGGAACAAGCUAGGCAAGUGCUGUGCUGAGUUACAUCCCCAGCCCAGAGGACACACUGUCUGGGCAUGGCGAUGGACACUGUAAUUCCAGUGCUUCUGGAUUGGAGAUGCUGAAACUGGAGGAUACUGACUUUAAGAAACACAGAAAGGAAGAAGGGGGGUGCAUCGUAGCCCUGUGUGGUUGCUUCUGUCACCUCCACCCCUUAAAAUAAAAACAACU